AUGGUCAAGACACUCCCCUUCGGAGAUCUCCAAGUCCCAAUCCCUGGCUUUGGCGCUAUGGGCUUGAGCUUUGGUCUGGGCACUUUCCUGACCCUUGAGGAAGCGGAGCCAGUUCUGCUCAAGGCAAUCGAGCUCGGAUGCACCUUCUGGGAUACUGCUGUGGUAUACCAAGCGGGCGUGAAUGAGAAGCUUCUGGGAGACUUUAUCCGAAAGCACAACGUUCGCGAUAAAGUGUUUAUCGCCUCAAAGUGUGGUUUCCAAGUCAUGGGAGGAGAUGGAUCGGUCACCAACUCUGCGUCACACAUCAAAGAAUAUAUUGAGGGUACAAUUGAGCGACUUGGCUUCGCACCUGAUUUGUAUUAUCUCCACCGAAUUGACCCGAACACACCCCUCACAGAGUCAAUCCCCGCUCUCGAUGAAAUUCGCAAAGCCGGCAAGACGAAGUACAUUGGCUUAUCGGAAUGCUCCGCAGCAACCCUACGCACAGCCAACUCCAUUGCCAAGAUAGACGCCGUCCAAGCCGAAUAUUCAGCCUUCGAGACACUACACGAAUCAGACGGCCUAAUUGACACCGCCAAAGAACUCGAAAUCGCCUAUGUUGCCUACAGCCCACUAGGACACGGUUGGCUUGUCGACGACUUCAACUUCAACUCCCCAGACGAUUUCGCGCCCACUGACUUCCGUCGGAGCGUUCCCAAGUUCCAAGGCGAGAACUUCUACAAGAACAAGGCCAUUGUGGAGGAAAUUAAGAAAAUUGCGAGUCGCAAGGGUUGCAAGAUUAGCCAGGUCGCGCUUGCUUGGGUAGCGUCUCAGGGGCUCAUCCCUAUUGCGGGUACCACUAAAGCGGCUCGCUUGGAGGAGAAUUGGGCAUCGAGGGAUGUUGAUCUGACUGAACAAGACAAGCAGGAAAUGCGGUCCAUUAUCGAUUCCGUAAAGCUUCAUGGCCACAGAUAUUCUGCUGCUGCGCAGGCUAUGGUUGGUCACUAG